AAAAAAACGAAAGAAAAAAAAGCAACUCAGAGCCAAAGUGCUGCUGCCACAGUCUUGGAGUUCACAGGGAGUGAGAUAUUUUUUUUUUCCAAAAGCGUGCGUAAAUCAGAUAUCCCAAAAUGCCGGAAGUUCUGGAUACAGGCACUGUUACCGUAGACAAACAACAAGUGCUGCAGAUUACUGAGCGCUUGCAGAAGAAAUUGAAAGACAAAGGAGAACUUUCCCAUCACGAAAAAAUGUGCAUCUUAAGGGAUACUCUCCAAAGUCCAUUAUUUAACCAGAUCCUGACAGUCCAGCAGUCCAUCAAACAGUUAAAGGAACAGCUGAAUCGUAUGCCAGCUGACCGUUCUGCAGAAUUUGAUUUCACAAAGAAAGGUUUAUUGGUAUUUGAAGCUGACUCUUCUGCGCAGUUUCGAAACAAGAGCAACUCUUUGUCCUUUGACAACUUUAUUUCGUCUAGAUUACCUCUUCUUGGUCCCAACUCCGGAGGAGGUGACUUCAGCCAAAAAAUUCAAAAGAUGGCAGAGGGCAGGCAAAUUGAAUAUAUAGAUAUAGAAAAACCUUCUGUAGGAGGCCUUGGAUUUACUGUGGUAGUGCAUAAGAAUCCCAAUGUGGGAGAGGCUGGUGUAUUUAUCAGAGAAGUUCAACAAGGAAGCAUAGCAGACAGGGAUGGGCGGCUGAAGGAAAAUGACCAGAUAUUGGCUAUUAACUCCACUCCCCUGGAUAUGAACGUGUCCCAUCAAGAGGUUAUUGCAUUGCUUCAACAAUACUCAGGACGUGUAAAUUUGGUUCUUGCAAAGCAACCAGCGGCAGUCAGUCAACUCCAAAGGAACUAUCCGGAUGAAGCGAUCCAUUGGGGCCACGUGGAAGAAAUUGAGCUCAUUAAUGACGGUUCAGGAUUAGGUUUUGGAAUAGUAGGAGGAAAAGCAAGUGGUGUAAUUGUCAGAACAAUUGUACCUGGGGGACUAGCUGACCGGGAUGGAAGAUUAAAAACCGGAGAUCACAUUUUACGAAUUGGAGACACCAAUGUCCAUGGAUUGGCCAGUGAUCAGGUUGCUCAAGUUUUGAGGAACUGCGGAAAUUCUGUAAGGAUGUUGGUUGCCAGAGAACCAGUUGGCAAAAUGUCUCUGAAACCUCCAGCUCCUGCUACACUGCCGGUUGGUUCACUGGCGCCAACUGAUAUCAAAAUCAGUAGCCCCGAAAAUGCUGACAAUGAUAUAUAUGAUGUUGAACUCACAAAAAAGGAAGGACAAAGUCUUGGCAUAACAAUAGUUGGCUACACAGGACCUUUAAGUGGAGGAUCUUCUGGAGUGUUUGUGAAGAGUAUUAUACCGGGUAGUGCUGCUGAACAAAGUGGAUACAUUAAAGUACAAGACAGAAUUAUAGCUGUUGAUGGCAUUAACAUCCAAGGAUUCUCAAAUCAAGAAGUGGUUGGGGUAUUGCGGCAGACAGGGGAAACUGUACAUCUCACUCUGUCCAGGAAUAGACUACCCCCUGGUUCACUCCCUGCUGAUGUAUCUCCCGCUCAAGAUGUUCCAGCAUUGCCAGUAUAUCAGUUACCUGCUGCAGAGCCCAAGGCUGAAAUAAACACAAGCCCUAGCCAGCUGGAAAAUGAAGAACAAGUGGAUAACUACAAAAAUGAAAUGAAAAUAGCUACCUUGCCAAGCUCCCCAGAGAAUGAUGCAUUAAAGGCCAAGUGGGAGAAGCGUCUUGGGUCUGAUUACCUUGUCAUGGUUGUUGAUUUGGAUACACAGAUUGCAGAUGAUGCAGAAUUGCAGAAAUAUUCAAAGCUCCUACCAAUUCACACCAUGAGAUUAGGAGUAGAACUGGAUUCUUAUGACGGACAUCAUUACCUGUCAUCAAUUGUACCAGAUGGUCCAGUGGCAAAACUGGGAAUUUUGCAGCCAGAAGAUGAACUAUUAGAGGUGAACCAUGUACAGCUCUAUGGAAAAUCUCGCCGUGAGGCAGUUUCAUUCUUAAAAGAAGUUCCGCCUCCAUUUUCACUAGUUUGCUGUCGCCGCCUAAAUGAUGAUGAAAAUGAGACAUUUGUUGAUGAGCCAAACAUUCAGGAAGAGCAGGAAGAUGACUCUCGGUUCUUUUUGCCAAUGCACAGAAGUAGCAAUGAAUAUGAAGGAAAGGAUCCUUUAGAUCCAGCAAGGACCGUCAUAGUGAUACAAUCACUGGUAGCAGGUGGUGUGGCAGAGAAAAGUGGCCAGAUUCUGCCUGGUGACCGCUUGGUCUUUGUAAAUGACAAUUAUAUGGACAAUGCUACGUUGGAUGAUGCUGUACAGAUAUUAACAUCUGUGCCACAAGGAAGGGCUCGCUUUGGCAUAUGCAAGCCAUUGGUGGGGGACAUAAAAGAAGAUAUAGAAAUAUACACACAAAAUGUACAAGGAUCAAAGGAAUAUACGGCCUCUGCAGUUGUGAGUUCUCCUAUGACGGAAGAGGUUUUCCAUCAGAGAAACAAUGAAGUUGCCUUCAUGGAAGGACAAGAAGAACUUGUUGAUGAACCAGCACUGGUCAUGGGAAGAGUGUUUGAAACCAUGGACAAUAAAACAGAUUAUCUAGAAGAAUCAUGGGAAAUGCAUGAAAUAGAGGGAUUUCUAGGAGAAAGAGAAAUGCUUGUAGAUGAAGAAGAUUAUACUGAACAACAGACAUCCGUGAAGAACAGUAAUGAAUAUAUUAUGCAAUAUGAUGUCACACAACCACCUUCACAAAAAAAGGAUGAUUAUGUUCGUCAAUGGGAGGAAGAAACGCUUGAUUCAGGACUACCAUUGGCUGAACCUGAGAACUAUGAAGAUCAAUUUAAUAAUCAAGAAGAAAGACAUGUGGAGACUGAAAUGCAACUGAAUGAAGGUACAAUUUCCAAUCUUAAAGCUCCAGGGCUCAUUUUUGAUCCAGAUACAAUUGCAUUACAAAAUUACAAGGCAAAAGAUGAACCAGCAGUAAUCUACCAAAGAUCUCAUCGCUCUCAAAUUUUGCCAACAAAUGACUUACCUGAGAGAGAAGAAGGAGAAGGCGAGGAAACGCCAAAUUUCAGUCAUUGGGGACCCCCACGCACAGUGGAGAUUUGGAAAGAGCCUCAAGUUUCCCUUGGGUUAAGUAUUGUUGGGGGUCAAACCGUUAUAAAGCGCCUAAAGAAUGGCGAAGAGCUGAAAGGUAUAUUUAUCAAACAAGUGCUGGAAGACAGUCCUGCAGGGAGAACACAUGCCUUAAAGACUGGAGAUAAAAUUCUUGAGGUUUCUGGAGUAGACGUAAGAAGUGCCACUCACGUUGAAGCUGUUGAAGCUAUAAAAAAUUCCGGAAAUCCAGUCAUUUUUGUUAUUCAGAGCUUAUCAUCCACUCCCAGGAUAAUUUCAACUGGGAAUCCAAAGACACAAAAGGUUGACAAAGUGAACACAGGCACAACAGAAAAGGGUAUAUUUCCUGUUGUUGCUGGACCACCGCCACCGAUGAAACUUCCUCCCCCAUAUAAAGAACCGGGAGGGUCAAAUUCAUUGGACAUUGAUGAAGAGACUGAUGACAGUGACGAAAAAAUAAGGGAAAGAUAUGCCGACCUUCCUGGGGAAUUGUAUAUUAUUGAACUUGAAAAGGAUAAGAAUGAACUGGGACUCAGUCUGGCUGGUAACAAAGAUCGGUCACGAAUGAGCAUCUUUAUAGUAGCCAUUAAUCCAGAUGGACCUGCUGGACGAGAUGGCAGAAUUCAAGUUGGAGAUGAGCUGUUGGAGCUAAAUAAUAACAUUUUGUGGGGAAAAAGUCACCAAAAUGCAUCAGCUGUCAUCAAAGCGGCACCAUCAAAUAUCAAGCUUGUGUUCAUAAGGAAUAAAGAUGCGGUCUUCCAGAUGGCCAUUACUCCGCAACCAUUACUGGCAGGGACUCUAUUAUCUAAUCAGGAACAAAGUAACCUUGAAGUUUCCAGCAGAGGAGAAGAUGCUGGUUUAGAAGAGCUCAUGAAAACCUUAACCGAAUCUGAGGCAAAAUCAACAAUUGUAAACCAGCUGAAACCAUCUAAAAGUGGCUCAAAGAUACCGUACACUUCUCAGAAUAUUUCAGUAGCACCUGCCCCUUCAUAUCCGUCAGCAGAACCUGAGUUUAUCAAUCAACCAAACGUUCCAUCACCUUUACCAUCUCUUGAUCCAGCAACAUGUCCAAUUAUCCCUGGACAGGAAAUGACCAUUGAAAUCUCAAAGGGUCGAUCAGGUCUUGGCCUCAGCAUUGUUGGGGGAAACGACACACCACUUGAAGCAAUAGUUAUACAUGAAGUUUAUGAAGAAGGGGCUGCAGCAAAAGAUGGAAGACUUUGGGCAGGAGACCAGAUUCUAGAGGUGAAUGGUGUGGAUUUGCGGAAUGCUUCUCAUGAGGAUGCGAUCACAGCUCUCAGACAGACCCCUCAAAAAGUGCAGCUGAUUGUGUAUCGGGAUGAAGCGCAGUAUAAAGAUGAGGAAAACCUGGACAUUUUCUAUGUGGAGUUGCAAAAGAAAACUGGCAGAGGGCUCGGGCUAAGCAUUGUUGGUAAAAGAAACGGAAGUGGGGUGUUCAUCUCUGACAUUGUAAAAGGGGGAGCAGCAGACUUUGAUGGACGGCUAAUGCAAGGAGAUCAAAUAUUAUCUGUGAAUGGUGAAGAUAUGCGAAGUGCCUCUCAAGAAAUCAUUGCUGGUGUUUUAAAGUGUGCUCAAGGACUGCUGCAUCUAGAGAUAGGAAGACUUCGAGCAGCUCCUUGGCCGUCAUCCAAACAAUCUUCCCAAUCCAGUCAGGUCAGCCAAAAGAGCACUCAUGGUUCUCAUCCUCCAACUUUUGCUCCGGUUAUUUCCAGCAUACAAAAUAUAGAAAGCUCCUUGAAGUCAUCUUCAGAGCCAUCUCAAAGGAAUUCUGAUACAGAAAUGGAGCCAAGGACUGUGGAGAUAACUAGGGGACCUAAUGAUGCGCUCGGAAUCAGCAUCGCAGGAGGGAAGGGAAGUCCGUUGGGUAAUGUUCCCAUCUUCAUUGCUAUGAUUCAGGCCAGUGGAGUAGCUGCACGUACACACAGACUGAAGGUUGGGGAUCGGAUCAUUACCAUUAACAAUCAGCCUUUGGAUGGGCUUUCUCACGCAGACGUGGUUAAUAUACUGAAGAAUGCCUAUGGGAGCAUUAUCUUGCAGGUUGUAGCCGAUACAAAUAUUAGUGCUAUUGCCGGUCAGCUGGAGCACUUGUCUGGGACUCAGACCAUUAAUGCAGAUCACCAUUCUGAGGACGUAGAGCCACCUACUCCGAAAAUAAUUCAUCUGGAAAAAGGAGCAGAUGGUUUAGGUUUUAGCAUUGUCGGUGGAUUUGGGAGCCCACAUGGAGACCUUCCUAUUUAUGUUAAGACAAUAUUUUCUAAGGGAGCAGCCGCAGAAGAUGGGAGACUAAAACGUGGAGACCAGAUUUUAUCGGUCAAUGGCGAAAGCUUGCAAGGAGUCACACAUGAUGAAGCUGUUGCUAUCCUAAAGCGUCAAAAGGGAAAUGUAACUUUAUCUGUGAUGUCGUAGUUGGUCCAUACUGCGCAUCUGUUGUUGUGUUCACAGCACUUAAUACAGCUUCACAUCAGCCGCACGUGUUUAGCAAACAGACAAAGUUGCCACAAAUAUGUAUAAAUGGUCUUAUUUAAUGGGUAUUGCUGCCAAUUAAUAGUGUGGUUGCUGGUGUAAAUAAAUGUACAUUGUAGAUGAAGAAAACAAAAUGCUAAUUCAUUACUUUAAAAGCAGCUCGGAUGUCUUCCAAUUUUUCCCUGAGAAUAAAUCACUGUAUGUUACAUUAUAAAAAAUACCGCUCUUUACCAGAGUGGUUUUAUUUCACAUCUCUCUGGGAAUAGGUAGAUUACUUUUUUGGGGGAAAAAAUAGCUCUCUCUGUAUUAUAUCAAUUUACAGAAUCAGCUACUGCAUAUUUGUCUCCAAGUUGAAAAAAACGAAUCACCACAUAAGAUCCAAUGUAAAGGUUGUACAGAAAUCAUUAAUAAAGGCUUCAGUAUGA